AUGAAAAUCACGGUAUUCGUGGAUUUCAAUAACGAGGAAUUUGAGCAUAAUCGCAACUACAAUUUUGGUGAAUUUGUUUACCCGGAAUAUGCAAUGCAAGGCGAUGCAGCGCCAUUAUCAUUCCUCUUCGGUGAUAACGACCUUGCAUUCCGCACACACGGACUCCUCUCCAGGAUAAGUCCGAACAAUGAUUAUCUUCUUGCUAG